UAUAUUAAUCAUAGUUCGUGAUUUUAACUGAAGUUUUAUAAUACUAUUUUGUGAUUUGCGAGAUGCACAAUAGCUGACACCAGGAGGAAAGUGUCAACAGUCGGGUAAACAUACAACACGCAAAAUACACAUGUCUCAACCCGAAUGUCCUCAGAAUAUUUGAUUUGGAUUACGCAAGACGAUGGCAAAAAUUUCAAGACCAAUUCGAAAAAUUGGUCCAUGGUGGAGAUCCCAGCUACAGGGGAUAUUUUGUAUCUACAAGCCUCCAGAGUAUUCCUACUCAGAACUUUGUAAGGCACUGCGGGAAAUUUUACUGAAGGACUUAAACCAGAAACCAUGUUAUCCGGGAGAAAGGUAUCAUAAAGAUGCCUAUUUAUUACAAACUUCUCUCAAAAAUUUGCCUUCGCAGAGAGUGUCUACCAAGAAAACACCACCACAGCUGCUGCAAUAUAAAUCCUUAGAAGAAAACACUGGAAGCUUUAAGCUUAGUUUAUCUGUGAUUGAUUCUAAGACUGGAGAAGAAACUAUGGAUUUGUCAGAAUCAGGAAUAAAAAAUAAUGGGGAUGAUUCUAGCAAUUCAGAUGCGUAUCUAGAAGAGAGAGUAGAGAAAUCUGAUUUGGCUUUGAGUUCAAAUACCAAUGUUGUAUCAAUAGAUUUCAAUAUGGAUGGAAAUAACCAUCUUUUCUCAAGCAAACUAAAGGAUUUAAUCAUUCCACCAUUAACAGAGCGAAAUGUUUUAAAACACAGGUUUGUGUGUGGAGAUAUGUUUAGAAAUUCUGACGUCAAAGUGCUUCCUGUGUAUGAUGGGUUGGACUAUGAGUGUACCGGGGUCGUUCCUGUUUGUGUAGGCUAUAGGAAUAGCGACUCGUAUGCUUUGAGGGACAAUCUAGAAAAGAAAUUGUUUAUAAGAGUUUACCACUUAUCUGGCACCUUAGGAUGGACCACUUUGGACAAUACUGCAGGGGCCAACAAAAUCAAGCGUCAUUCUUACGAACACGUGGGUAAAUCAGACAUGGAUAAGAUAUGUGGUUUGGCUCAGAAUAUGCAUCAGUGGAGAAUGUUGAAUUAUGCGGGGGUGAUUCCUAAUUCACAAGAAGCUUAUGAUCUACUGAAACAGGGGCUUGUGAAGCCAAUGAAUUCUCUUACACCUCCUUUAAUAUAUGGUGUCAAGUGUAUCAAAUUUGAGCCCCCUCAUUUUACUUUGGAAGUUCAUUGUGUCAAUGAGUCGUACACUUUCUUAAGGGACUUUGUUUACAAAGUUGGAGUGGCGGUGCGUUCCUCUGCCUUUUGUUCUAAAAUCCGGCGAAUACGAUACGGACCCAUAGGUCUAGAGUAUGCUCUGGUCGUGGAGGACUGGGGGGUGGAGAAGAUCUGUAACAGUAUCAGACAGUGUAAUAAACUUCUUACGAGAAAGGACGAGAAACAGUCAGACAAAGAAACCAAAGAAUUAGAAUCUGCUGUUGACUGAAUUUAAAAAUUACACAAAUGUAAUGCAAAUCUAACUCAAAUGUGUUUUUGUAAGCAAUAUAUAACCUUGUGCUGAUACAUGCAAUGCCAUUUUAUUAGUUAUCCAGGUUCAAUCAAGGGUGUACGGGUAUUUACCCCGGGUUGUAUUCCA